CAGCAGCGGCACCUGCAGGUCGUAUGGCGAGACGAGAUGUGCUGUGCGAGAUUCAAAGUGUUCUGGACGCGCUUAGACGCAACGCACGGUUCGAGAUCACAGAGCAUCGCUCCGCUGCGGAGGAAAGCCGGCUGACUGCCGACUUGAAGGCCCUGCGAGAAGCUGUCCGCGACUGGCCAAACGAGGACCUCCGCGGCUUGAGCAGGCUGGAGUUGGUCUCCCCGUUCCUGUCGGUUGUGCGGUCCCCUGAAACCAACGGAGUCCUUACGGAGGCUGCGCUGAGAUCGCUGCAGGCGUUUUCACGCGACCGCCUGAUAGGUGGGUUCGAGGAGACCCAGCAGGACCAUGACGAGGCGGUCCGAGCGAGAAUCAUGCACGUCUUGGCGGCGUGCCUGGAGGGCGGGGCCGGGGUGUGCCUGUCGGACGAGGUGGUCUGGGCGGUGCUGCAGACGUGCAUGGCCAACCUCGACCAAAUGGUGCGAGGCUGCUGGUAG